CUACAAUUCUCAAAUCAAGAAUGCCAAACGUUCCUUCAACCUCGAUCAGAACCCUAUCGACUCUAUAAUCCAAUUAAGCUAGAGUUAUGGUAAUCGAAUGCUACACAAAAUCUCAUUUCUGCAAUUGCCAAAACCUGGAUCUCUAAACCCAACCCAACCCUAACAGAUCCAAAUCCGUUAUAACGGCCAAUGUCUUGCUUGGCGCUCUCUCUACAACCGGCAAACGGAUCUGACAUCCUCCUCCAGACGCGCGAGUGGUUCCCACCCUCACGCGCCCUCGGUGCACUCUCCGCCUUCCGCCACACACGCCACGCUUUCGCCACCAGCGCAAAGAACCCCAACGCCGUCCCCGAUGACGCCUACGCAGCAGAGUCCAUCGGCGAUGACCCCCUUGCCGCCUCCAGCGGCCAGGUCAUCGUCGGCGUCGAGAGCCGCUACCGAAUCGUGUAUCGCCUGGUCAACGGAAUUUACGUCCUUGGAAUAACCGUCGCCGACCAUGAUAACUCCGUUAACGUCUUCGAGUGCAUUCACAUCGUCAACCAGGCCGUCAGCGUCGUCGUCACCGCCUGUCGUGGCGUCGACGUCACGCCGGAGAAGCUCAGCCGCAAGUACGCUGAGAUCUACAUGGCGCUAGACAUCGUCCUCCGCGGCGUCAGCAAUAUCCGCCUCGCCGCCAUGCUCGCCACCCUGCACGGCGAAUCUAUUGCCAAGAUGGUCCACUCUGCCGUUGACACUGAGAACAAGAUCCGCGGAGCCGACACCUGGUCAGCCGUCGAGAUCCACUCUCUCGAGCAACAGGCCGCGAUCGAUGCCUUCUCUGGGACCCGAUUUGAGCUUCCGGCGGAGACGCUCCAGGCCGGUGAUGAGAUCGCAGCUGCCAUAUCCCCUGCCCCCGCCCCCGUCCCCGCGGAGAAUCAGGACGAGGCGCAGCAAAAGCCGGAGGAGGCUGCGGCAGAAAAGGACCCUUUUGCCGCCAGUGACGCCAUUAACAAGCCUCAGGAUCUUGCGGGUGGGUUCAAGAAGACGAAGGAUCCUUCUGCUACUGAUUUGACGUUGGCAUUGGCGGGGCUUGAGGUAACUACAUUGCCUCCGCCAGAGGCGACACAGUCUACGCAGAUAAAUGUUGAAGGGUUUGAAGGGAAUUAUGGUGGGGUUGAGUUUGGUCAAGAGCAAGUUUCUAUUGGUGAAGCUUUUGAAGGUUUCAAUGAUGCUUGGGGUGGUGGGCUUGAUCCUUCGGAGUUUGUGGGUCCAUCCAAGGCUCCCAAGCCGCAAGGUCUAGGUGGGUUAGAAUUGUUGCAGACAGGUCCUGAUGCUGCAACUAAACCGGGUGCUGCCGGUAGUGGUGCUGGUACUCCACUUGAUAAUUUGGUGACAAGCAUGAAGGGUCCUGAGAUGUAUAUCUCGGAGGAGAUUAGUGCAGAGUUUAGGGAAUCAUUGCUUGCAAGGGUUGGAUUGAUGGGUGUUGUUUACCUCAGGACUUUGCCACCUAAAACUGCUGGUGAUAAGGAAACUGAAUUCUCAUUCCGGGUUGAGGGAACUAGUGCUGUUAAGAGAUUUGCUAUGCAGAGUUCUCGUGUUAGUAGCCUUGGUAAUGGGAUGUUUCAUGUAAGGACUGCAGCCUCAGAGGAGCCUAUACCGAUAAUCAAGUAUAGUUUGCUGCCGAGGCUGACACCAUUGCCUUUGAGGGUUCGGCUUAUAAAACGACAUACUGGAAGUUUACUCUCUGUGAUGAUACAAUAUGCUUCAAACCCUGAUUUGCUGACUCCUCUGACUGAUGUUACAUUCAUUCUUAAACUGCCGGUUGACCCGACACUCUUGAAACUUUCACCAAAGGCCGUGUUGAAUAGGACUGAAAAGGAAGUGAGGUGGCUUGUUUCGGAGAUCCCGUUAAAGGGCUCUCCUGGAAGGUUGAGAGCAAGGAUGCCGGUAGAUUCUAGUGAAGGUGAUGAAGAAAUUGAGGUGGUUGGGUAUGUGAAAUUCUCUUUACAAGGAGCUCAAUCAUUUUCUGGAGUUAGUCUACGGCCUGCCUCUGAGGGUAAGACAGACUUUUAUGAGGUUAGUCAUAAAUUGGAGAGUGGGGUUUACAUGUGCAAUUGAUUUGUAAUCAGAUAGUUGAUUAUAAGGGGGCUGUAUUUUUUUUUCUCCUUUAAUUUUGUUAUAAUGAGAUUGUAUGGUUUGGUUGGGUUGUGUUCAUAUAGCAUUCUUGGAUAUUUGAUCCUGUACUCAUGUACCUUGCACUGAUUAGUCUGAAAAUCUUUGUUUCUUUGUGUUA